CGCAAAUCAAUCCAAUAGAAAAAUAGAGAGAAUGUGUAACCGUGCACUCCUCCAUUGAAGAAGCCACAUUUCUUCUCAGGCUCCACCCGUCAUCUCAUUGCUUCCCUCCCACGCCACAUCACCAAUCUCAAUUAUUUAUCUAUCAAAUCACAGAUUACUUUAUUACUAAUUUUCGUUUUGUAAAGACCAAAGCAACGCCCCACUCUCUCUCUCUCUCUCGCUCUUUGUCCACCUCGCAUUUCAAUAAUUAAUUCCACCACCACCACCAGAAGAAGAAGACCGGAGCCGCGAAACCGGUAUCGGUUUUCGCUAAGGCCGCGUUUGGAUCGAACUCUAGCGACUUUUGGAUUCUAAUGCGCUUAAGUUGAUGAUCUCGACGUCGAGGAGGAGGAGGAGGUCUGUCUCGUAAUCAUCAGAAUGCCGCAAGCUUCUUUCACGCCUCGAAGCUCUGCCUAUCUCGAUGCUCUCACCCAAGAAAUCGAGAAGAAACUCCAGCGGGCCCUAGCUUCUCCCUCACUGCGCCGCAACUUGUUGCAGGAGUUGUUUACUGACAUUGCCUUGGAGAUUGAUGAGCGGGCCAAAGAUAUAAUUCUCAGCCCGGAAGAUGAUGCAAUUUCUUCUGCAGAGGAUUGCAUUUAUGGUCAGCUAUGCUUUCAUGAUGUACUUGCUGACUAUUAUGUUUGGGUGCCUGAGAGCGGAAAACGCAUCCUUGAUCUGAUUGUCCAACUCUGGAGCCAGUCAUUUGCAUCUCACAUUUUCGCCUUGUUAUUUCACAAAUGGCUUUUUGAAGUUCAACUUGACAACUCUGAAGUCCUUCUUCGAUUCUCAUCUGCUCUUGUUCAAGGUGCUACAAACGUUUUCUGGAUUGACAUUCAGUCAAAUACAAGGCGGUUUGAAUCCCUCUUUCUUUAUCUUCUUGAGGAUGUUGCUUUGGAACCCACCCGGUUAAAUAAAAUUCCUGUACAGGUCCAGCGAGAUCUGUAUCUUUUACUUUCAAGGUUUAUAUUCUUUUAUAACGCAGUUGACAAACUUGAGAGCUUCUUAAGGCACUUUCCCGUUUUCCCGAAUGCUUUUCUGGUUGGUGGUCCUGCAGACUUCUUUGUUAUUGAACUUGCAGAUCAGCUUCAAAAAUUGAAGGUGGAACCGGUAUUGCUCCAUUACUUUUCACACAUUAAAGUUCUCCAGGGCAUGGAGCUGAGAAUGGCCACAAGUACAAGGUUAAAGACUUGUUUGUAUAGCUUCACUUCUCCUGGUGGUCCAAUGUACCCUACAAGAGUUGUUCGUCAUGCUGCCUGGGAUGCUUUAGAUUUGCUUUUUCCAAUUGGCAAUAAGCUCAAGAAGUCUGCGACUUGUAAAUAUGUUACAUAUUUGUUAUCUCAAAUAGCUUAAAAAUGAUUUUGAUUAAUGCGUUAGGAUCCUUCCGUACAUGUUAAAGCAAGAAUGGCUGGGAACAGUGUAUAGUUGAUUUUUUUACCUUUUUUAUUUUUUUUUCUGCGAAGAAAAAUAAAAAUCUUCUGUACAGUAUCUUAAAGGGCAGUUGAUUUUCUUAUUUGUUGGUUUACUAUCUUUGUAGAUUAUCUUGUUACAAAUGCUCCUAUCCCUUAUUGGAUGUGACAUGAUAAGAGACUAUCCCUCUUAUCAUAUACAUGAACCAUUGUAGGUAAAAUCAUGAGAUUACUUGGUGACUACAAGUUUAAAUAGAUCAAAGACACGGGACCUUACAAGUACAUGAUGCUUUGAGAGACUAUCCUUCUUUGUUGUUGCUUAAGAUGGAUUGUAGAUAUCAAAUGAAAGGACUUACCGUUGUUGUUCCCAGACUCAUGCUUAAAAAGAAAUAGAAAAGCAGAACUUCAGAAGUUUUAUUACUUUUGUUUACCAAGUCUGGGAG